AAAAACAUUGUUGAAAAAUGGGUGCGGAAAAGGAAAAUCUAGAGAACGGAGGAGCCAGUGGUGGCGGUGACGAACAACAAUCCAAGAAGGCAGCCAAAAAGCAAGCCAAGGAAGCCCUCAAAGCUGCCAAGAAAGCCGAACACAAAGCGGCAUCAGGAAAGGACAACACUAAUGCCAAUGAAGAAUCAGAAAAGGACUGUUCCGAGGGUAAAUAUGGGUCAGCUGGCAUGAUCCAGUCCAAGGACAAGAAAGAAGAACGAGUUUUUGUUUUUGUCCACGACCUCAAGAACUACAUUGGCAAGGGACCAGUCUGGAUCCGAGGACGAAUUCAUACGUCAAGAGCUAAGGGAAAGCAAUGCUUCUUGGUGUUGCGUCAACAGAGCAGCACUGUUCAGUGUAUUCUGGCUGUGAAUGAUUAUAUCUCCAAACAGAUGGUCAAAUUCGCUGGAAACAUCCACAAAGAAAGUAUCGUUGACGUCUCGGCAAAGGUAGUCUCGGUCCCGAAUAAAAUCGAAUCCUGCACCGAACAAGAUCUGGAAUUGCAGUUGUUGGAAAUCUUUGUGGUGUCCCAAGCUAAAGCCCAAUUGCCUCUGCAAAUCGAAGAUGCAUCACGUCCUGAGAAUACUGAUGAUCCUGAAGGCCUAAACAUUCGGGUGAAUCAAGACACACGGUUGGACAACCGUGUCUUGGACUUAAGGACUCCCGCUAACCAAGCCAUUUUCCGUCUAGAAGCUGGUGUGUGUAAACUUUUCCGCGAUAUUCUGACCGAUAAGGGAUUCGUCGAAAUCCACACUCCUAAGAUCAUUUCAGCAGCCAGUGAAGGAGGAGCCAACGUAUUCACUGUGAGUUACUUCAAAGACUCCGCGUACUUGGCUCAAUCACCGCAACUCUACAAGCAAAUGGCAAUUGCUGCCGAUUUCGACAAAGUUUUCACAGUUGGUGCUGUCUUCCGUGCCGAGGAUUCCAACACUCAUCGGCAUUUGACUGAAUUCGUAGGCUUGGAUCUGGAAAUGGCCUUCAAGUAUCAUUAUCACGAAGUUCUGAAUACAAUUGGUGAGACAUUCACAUCGAUUUUCAAAGGACUCCGCGACAAUUAUCAGCGAGAAAUCGAAGCAGUUGGUCAGCAAUUCAAAGUGGAACCAUUCAAAUUCCUGGAGCCUCCACUUGUCCUUCAGUUUUCGGAGGGUGUUGCAAUGCUCCGAGAAGCUGGAAUCGAAACUGGUGAUGAGGAGGAUCUUUCGACGCCAAAUGAGAAACUUCUCGGGCGUUUGGUGAAGGCUAAGUACGACACAGAUUUCUAUAUUUUGGACAAGUUCCCGCUGGUGAUUCGUCCCUUCUACACCAUGCCAGAUCCCAAUGACCCAAAAUAUUCCAACUCCUACGAUAUGUUCAUGAGAGGCGAGGAGAUCCUCUCCGGAGCUCAGCGUAUUCAUGAUCCUGAAUUCCUCACAGAAAGAGCUAAACAUCAUGGAAUUGAUAUUUCAAAAAUUGCCGCCUACAUCGAGUCGUUCCGUUUCGGUUGUCCACCACAUGCUGGAGGUGGUAUUGGUAUGGAGCGGGUUGUGAUGUUAUAUUUGGGACUUGACAACAUUCGUAAGACUUCAAUGUUCCCACGUGAUCCUAAGAGAAUUACGCCUUAAUUUAAAUUCACAACUUAACCAGCACUACAUUUCUACAACAAAAACAACUCCAAGAGUGCAAAAGAAGAUUUUGUGGAAAAAGAAAACGUAGAUUUUUUUAAAAAACUCAGACUCAUGAUCGUUUUGUUAUUUUAUUAAAGUUAUGUUUUCUUUUAUAACUAUUUUUUUAAUCACGUUCUCUUAUUCGAUUUACUUAAUCCAUAGUUGUAUUGUCAACUGUUCAUGAUAUCAAAAUACUAUACCUAUAUUAAAAUCGUCACUUUUACAUGUAA